AAAAAAAAAAAAAAACAACCGCACAGUAUCACUUUGGGAAACGUUAAAUAAAUAAAUAAACAUUAGAUUACAGGAAAUUACCAGUAACUGUUUUUUACAGAGUAUGGUAUGGGUAUAGUAACGUAUUUAUCCUCUGCAUCGUGCAAAGAAGCGACCCACAAUUUAGAUAGAAUAUAUAACAAAUUCUGAUCUUACAUUUUCGCUUUUAUUAAUUAUUUAGAGUCUUUGACAUCACCAAAGGGAAAAAAAAAAUGUCUGGAUUUUUCAAUAUGCUGAAAAAAAAGAAAGAACUCAUUCCUCUUAUUGGAAUUAUGACGUUUGCAGCAACAGGAGCCACCUCUGUUGGUAUUUAUUUCUUGGCAACAAAACCAGACGUAAUUCUUUUAAAGUCCAAAAAUCCAGAACCCUGGGAAACCAUAGACCCCUCCAAACCACAGAAGCUUUUAACUAUUAACCAGCAGUGGAAACCAGUGGAAGAAGUACAGAUUGUAAAAGGCUUGAUGAAGUGAAGCCCCCCCAUCCAUCCAUCAGUUCAUACAUUCAUCCACACUCCACCCCCACCCCACCUGAUUUCUGAGCGUCACACCCUCUGCCUGCACCCUGUCAAUCUAACGGAAUCAUUUCUGCACAGACUAGACUCAUUGAAAAACCAGUGUGCGGAAAUGCUUCUGCUACUUUGGUAGGGUUUGGUCACGGACAGGUCUCAGCCUCAUAGGGUUUGAAACUCCAGGACCAACAUCAACAGCAAUCACCGCACAGCAACAGCAAUCGCCGCACAGCUGGCAAGACGAGGUUAUCUGCAAAUAAAACAAUAUUCAUCGUUUGGCAUAGUGUUAAAAUGGGAAGUAUCAUGCUUACUGUGUACAUAUUGGUUUCAAAUAAACAAUAUUUGAAACUCUUA